AAGAGCGCGGCACUUCCGCUAGCCGGCGGCUCGGCUGCUGCUCCUGGAGGCAACAGCGGGAGCGGAGGGAGCGCGCGGCCCGGGGCCCCCCUCCGCCCCACGCGGCCGGGACCAUGGACGCCAGGUGGUGGGCAGUGGUGGUGCUGGCUGUUCUCCCCUCUCUCGGGGCAGGUGGGGAGAACGCCGAAUCCCCUCCGGAGUCUUGGACCCAGCUAUGGUUCUUCCGCUUUUUGGUGAACGCGGCUGGCUAUGCGAGCUUUAUGGUACCUGGCUACCUGCUGGUGCAGUACUUCAGGCGGAAGAACUACCUGGAGACAGGCAGGGGUCUCUGCUUCCCCCUGGUGAAAAUUUGUGUGUUUGGCAAUGAACCCAAGGCCCCGGAUGAGGUUCCCCUGGCUCCCCGGGCAGAGCCAACAGAGACCAGUCCCACUUGGCAGGCCCUGAAGCUGCUCUUUUGUGCCUCGGGGCUCCAGGUGUCUUAUCUGACAUGGGGAGUGUUGCAGGAAAGAGUGAUGACCCGCAGCUACGGGGCCACAGCUACAUCACCAGGUGAGCGCUUCUCAGACUCACAGUUCCUGGUGCUCAUGAACCGCAUCCUGGCACUGAUGGUGGCUGGCUUCUACUGCAUCUUAUGCAAGCAGCCCCGGCAUGGGGCACCCAUGUACCGGUACUCCUUUGCCAGCCUGUCGAAUGUGCUUAGCAGCUGGUGCCAAUAUGAAGCUCUCAAGUUUGUCAGCUUCCCCACCCAGGUGCUGGCCAAGGCCUCCAAGGUGAUUCCUGUUAUGCUGAUGGGAAAAUUGGUGUCUCGGCGCAGCUAUGAGCACUGGGAAUAUCUGACAGCCGGCCUCAUCUCCAUCGGGGUCAGCAUGUUUCUGCUGUCCAGCGGACCGGAGCCCCACAGCUCCCCAGCCACCACGCUCUCAGGCCUCAUCCUGUUGGCAGGCUACAUUGCCUUUGACAGCUUCACCUCCAACUGGCAGGAUGCCCUGUUCGCCUAUAAGAUGUCAUCGGUGCAGAUGAUGUUUGGGGUCAACCUUUUCUCUUGCCUCUUCACAGUGGGCUCCCUGCUAGAGCAGGGGGCCCUCCUAGAGGGCUUCCGCUUCAUGGGACGACACAGCGAGUUUGCUGCCCACACCCUGCUGCUGUCCAUCUGCUCUGCGUGUGGCCAGCUCUUCAUCUUCUACACCAUUGGGCAGUUUGGGGCUGCCGUCUUCACCAUCAUCAUGACCCUCCGCCAGGCUUUUGCCAUCCUCCUCUCCUGCCUUCUCUAUGGCCACACUGUCACUGUGGUGGGGGCCCUGGGGGUGGCUGUGGUCUUUGCUGCCCUCCUGCUCCGAGUCUACGCCCGGGGCCGUUUAAAGCAGCGGGGGAAAAAGGUUGUGCCAGUCGAGUCAUCUGUGCAGAAGGUUUGAGGGGCCUGAGGAUUGAGUGAAUAGGACCCUCUCACUGUACCAGUUUUCCUCUCCUACUGUAACUUCUUGGAGGUGGCAGGCUCCAGGGCAAGAUGCAGGUUUCUCAGUAUCUCAGACCAGCUCUGCAGUUGGGGGUAGGGAGCCCAGGAGGCAGCCUUCCCCUUUGCCUUAAGUCACGCCUCCUCUAGUGGGCAGGAUUCUUCCCAGGGUGGAGAUAACAGUGGGAAGAGGCGGAGGGAAGGGGCAGUGUUGAGAAGGCAGAGGCACUUUCCAAAGCCCCUCCUUCCUCCCAGUUCCCUGAAGUCGUGCCCUAUAGGCUCUGCCAACACCUCAUCUGUGCUUGUCCCCCUACCUUGAAUACCCACCCUUUCAGACUCGGAGAGACCUGCAUUUCUUACUCUGGCGAGAGAAGCACAAGUGUUGUAGGCUCCAAAUGCUGCUUUCCCAGGAGAGUAAGUGAAAGGUGGUGCUCUGCUGGGGGAGGGGGUUGGGAGUCCCACCCAGCACCACCAUCCCCUCUGCUCCUGGAUCCCUAGGCUCUGCUCCAUGAGCCAGUUGCAGGUUUUGGUACUUCGGAAAUGUAACUUUUGCUCUUAUAAUUUUAUUUUAUUAAAUUAAAUUGCUGCAGUGGGCUUGGUCCUGUGUUUUGGUUGACUGAAGUACAGACUUUCAAUUUCAGAUGGGGUUAUGUCCAGUAAACCCAUCAGAAGUAAAAAUGUGUUUAAUACACCUAACAUAGCUUAGGAUACCUGAAACUUCCAUCAGCUCAGAACAGCCUACAGUUGCUGUAUUACAAAUAGCAGCUGCUGUUUCAAAUAUCUCAUUUAACUUAAUACUGAAAAUGAAAAAACAAUGGUCGUUACGUGUACCACUUGUUUGUGGCCAAGUGGCUGACUGGAAACUGCAGCUCAAUGCCCAGCAACACCAGUGAAGUUACCUCAUACUGUCAGCCCAGGGGAAGAUCAAAACUCAAAAGUAGUUUCUACUGCAUGUGUGCGCUUUGGUACUACC